CUAUCUUUAUUGACUAAGCUAGUGCGUGUGCAAAGGCCCAUCCAAUGAUUCAAUUCAAGUUUCAAUCAGCAAAUUUGAGCAGUGGAUCAAUUUUUAUUACAUUCUCUUGACUCUUGUAUUGCUUCCAAAAAUUAGUCACAAAUUAUGAAAAAUAAUAAAAGGAAAAAACAUCAGUAAAAUAUGGAAUGCAUUGAUAGGCCCACAGAAGACUUCGGAUUGUCUAAAUUCCACUGCUCUAUUUAAGCCCAGAUGAUAUAAACCAAGCCACACUUGUCUCUCGCUCCCUCGCUGCUCCUACUUCAGAAACUCCAAAGCAUCCUCAGAUUCCUCAAAUUUCCCAUCAUUCUUUUCCUUCCCCUGAGAAAAUCCUCAUAUGGGUAGCUAUAAAUUCUCUUCAAAUUCAAUUGAGUUUGCGUUAAAAUAGUCAACCCCGCUAUAUAGACUGCUGCGCAACCAGAUAGAUAUAUUUACAUGGCUGCUAACGUCGGUUCUUCUUCAUUUUCCUGCGUUCCCACUUCAUUUUAUUCUUUUACACCAAAGAAAAGCUCCCAGCUCAGCUUGGUGAAAAGAUUAAAAGUUGAACUGCAUCAUAAUUCUCAGAAGCUUAGAAAUGGUAAAGUCAACCUUUGCCAAUUCAUAGGUGGCACAGUAAAAUUGAGAGGAAAUUUCGCAAGACAAAAUGUGCUUUAUGCAACUCCUCAAGACCACACACAAUACAAUGAGGUCAAGUCAGAUGAAUUGGAGCCAGAAGAUGAAGAUGAUAAUUCUACUGCUGAAAUUUUCUCUCCCAUAAGCAGGUCACUUGAUCACUCUUCAGGAACUGAUGGAAAACCAGGUUUACUUUCAUUUUAUAAUAGACCUUAUAAGACAGAAGGCGUAGUCAUUAAAUCUGAUGUGCAAAAGGACAAGAGCAGGCUAUUAUGGUUUGUGGGUCCCGCUGUCCUUGUAGCCUCUUUUAUUUUCCCCUCACUAUAUUUGCGGAGAAUACUUUCCACAGUAUUUGAGGACUCUUUGCUUACAGAUUUCCUAAUACUGUUCUUCACAGAAGCUCUUUUCUACUGUGGUGUUGCAAUUUUUCUUUUGCUCAUAGACCACUUAAGGAGGCCAGUGGAACUGGAAUCUGCUGAAAAUGGUGGCACAACACUGGCCUCCAUGGGACAACGAAUUUCUUCUGUUGCUGCCUUGGUACUCAGUCUUAUAAUUCCUAUGGUGACAAUGGGCUUGGUAUGGCCAUGGACUGGCCCAGCUGCUUCUGCAACCCUUGCUCCUUACCUUGUUGGUAUUGUUGUUCAGUUUGCAUUUGAGCAAUAUGCAAGAUAUCGGAAGUCACCUUCAUGGCCUGUCAUUCCAAUAAUCUUUCAAGUUUAUAGAUUGCACCAACUGAAUAGAGCAGCUCAACUGGUGACAGCCCUAUCAUUCACAGUUAAAGGAGCUGAAAUGACCUCACACAAUUUGGAAAUAAGCAGCUCCUUGGGUACACUUUUGAAUGUCCUUCAAUUCCUUGGUGUCAUCUGCAUUUGGUCACUCUCAAGCUUCCUUAUGAAGUUUUACCCAUCCACUGGCGGGACUGCCGAGUGAUAUUCAAUAUUAGUUUAAGAAUUGGUAAAAUUGACACCCCCAUCGUUGUAGAGACGUCUAGUUGCUAAUUUGUUCAGGUAAUCUUUUCAUGUAGAGGUUUUAAGUCCUUUUAAAUAUGGUUUUGGUUGGUGAGAUUUUGAAACUGAGUGGACAUCAGAGCAUCUACCUUUUCCAAAGCGUAGUAGAAGGUUGUGACUUGCAGCGGGAUUACUUGAAUGAAGAUGCCAAGUAUAAAAGUAUAUUUGUUGAAUACUAUGAUUUCUGCUAAUUUUUGUUAAGUGUUCUGUUCCUUCGAUGAGAAUGCUAGAUGGCAUUUGGCUUCUGUUAGCAGCCAUAGGCAGCUGUAGUCUAUAUUUUUCUUUUAUUGAUUCUUCAUAUUUCUGAAUUCUUUCAGAAGUUUUAGGAUGUUAUGCAGUUUGCUACUGUUAUCAUUUGUGCUCCUAUUCAUUAAGUGAAUAUUCUACAAUAUUUUUUACU